AGUCCUCUUCUCGGUCAAAUCCAAGAUGGCCGACAAUGUGUGUGCAAUGCCGGUAGAAAUCAUAGUAAAAUAUUUGUCAAAAGCUAGAAGCUUCAUUUUAGUUUUCUGAAAAAAAUUAUCGGGAUAGAUUGAAGAAAUGAGAUGUUAUUAUGAAGUUUUAGGACUUUCUAAAGAUGCUACAGAUUUAGAUUUAAAGAAAGCUUAUCGUUCGUUGGCUUUGAAAUGGCACCCCGACAAAAAUGUAGAAAAUGCAGAAGAGGCGAAAGAAAAAUUUCAAGAAAUCCAGCAGGCGUAUGAUGUCCUAUCUGAUCGCCAAGAGAGAUUGUGGUACGAUCGUCAUCGUGAACAAAUUUUAAACGAUGGCGAUGACUUUGUUGAUGAUGGUCUAAAUUUGAUUCAUUAUUUUAAACCAUCUGCUUAUAAAGGCUUUGGGGAUGACGAGAAAGGGUUUUAUGCGGUUUACUCAUUUGUUUUUAGUACAAUAGUCGAGGAAGAUAUGAAAUUUGGGGAUGACCUAUCAACAUUAAAUGAAAUACCGGGGUUUGGAAAUUCUAAUACACCUUUCGAAGAAGUGAAAAGUUUUUACGAUUAUUGGCAGAGUUAUUGUACGUUAAAAAGUUUUGUUUGGAAAGAGAAAUACGAUACAAGACAAGCUGCUAACCGUAGAGUUCUUCGUGCUAUGGAAAAAGAAAAUAAGAAGCUUCGUGAAGCCUCAAAGAAAGAAAGAAAUGAAGAAAUAAGAAAUUUAGUACAUCACAUUAAGAAGCGCGACAAACGAGUUAAAGCUCAGAAAGAAAAGCGAGAAAUUGAGGAGAGAGCAAGAAUGUUAUUAUUGAAAGAAAAACGUGAAGUUGAGAAAAAGGAAAGACUUAAAAAGAUAAAAGAUUUUCAGGAACAGGAAUGGAAUUCUUCUUGCCAUAUGGAAAAACAUUGGAAAGAGCUUGCCGCGCACAUUAAUGAGGAGUUUGGGGACGACAACUCAAGUAGCCAAUCAGAAAGCGAAGAUGUACAUGUGCAUGGCUUUUAUUGUGUAGCAUGCGAGAAAUUAUUCAAGUCAGAUAAAGCUCUGAAAAACCAUGAAAAAUCGAAAAAGCAUCGUGAAAGAGUGGCGUUGAUUAAAGAACAUAUGGAAGACGAUACGGUGAAAACAAAAUCUCUUGAAAAAGAAAGAAAUGAAGAGGAGUUAGUCAUUAAAGUAAACAUUGAGAUGGAAAAUGGUGAUGAAGAAAGUCGAAUUGAUGUGGAUGCUUUAAGACUGAGAGAUUCUCUUGAUCUUCCAGCUUAUAUCAAUGGUAGAAGUCGAUCAAAUUCUCGUCGUAGCACUAAUUGUAAAGCAUAUCGUGAAACGCUAGCACAUAAACAUGAUCAUCGUGAACAGCUAUCGGUAGACACAACAAACAAUAAAAUCCAGUCAGAAGUUGCAAGUCGUGAAGACAAAAAUAUGACGAACGUUGUUGAUGACUGUGGUCUUGAUGAAUGCGAAAAAAAAAUUGUUGAAAUGAUAUUGCAGCAAGAAAGAGAGGAUGACGAACAGCUAAAUAUUACAAACAAACUCAAUUCUGAAGAACACAAUAAUCGUCGCAAGUCAAAAAAAGAACGUUCGGAACAUGGAGAUAGAAAAAGUCCUUCAUGAUUGGAAAGAGAUCGUAUUUUGAGGCGGAAGUUACUGACGCACAUACUUCAAAAAGCUCUCCUGAUCUGACGUCUUGUCGUUUCUGUAUUAUAUUCUUAGAUAUUGCCUCUGUGGCACUUCAUAAAGUCUAGUUGGCGCCACAAAAUUUCUUCAACAUAUUAUUAUGCAGAAAAACAAUGUAGAGUGUAAGUCGAAUUAAUUACAUUUCCUAGGAAUCGCUGUUCCUGAUAUUGGCAAAAUUGCACUAAAAUAAUGAGUUAAAAGUUAUUUAAGUCAAAGUAAACUAUACAGACAGUAACAAUAUGGGUCAAAUGUUGCAAUAAUUGACGUUAAAAUAUCAACUGGAAAUACAUAUUUUUGCAAGUGCUUACUACUUAUUUAACUCAUCAAUGACUAUAUUUCCAAAAGAAUGUGGUUUAUCCGUCUCACGUUUGAUGACUUUAUUGUUGAUAAACCUUUCGCUUGAGAGAUUAAAAGAUAAAAUACAUGUUGUCUGUCUGAUGAAGAAAGGAAACUUUUCAACAAUUAGAUUCAUUGCUUUGUUUUAAACAUUAUUUAGUGAACAUAAUUAUGAUUAGAAAAUUCUGGCCAACAUAAGCCAAAGUGUAUUGUUUAACAACAAAAAAUAAUUGAAAUGUAACUAACUGAAAUUCUCAGCAAAGUCUGUCUUCCUAAAAA